AUGUUAUGGAGCAGUUCAAUCCAGGACUGAGGAAUUUAAUAAAUCUGGGGAAGAAUUAUGAAAAAGCUGUUAAUGCUAUGGUAGUGGCUGGAAGAGCAUAUUAUGAUAGCCUUGCAAAGAUUGGGGAUAUAUCAGCUGAUUCUCCAGUUUCUAAAGAAUUAGGCCAAGUUCUCAUAGAAAUUUCAAGAACACACAAGAAACUUAAUGACAGUCUAGAGGAGAGUUUCAAAACAUUUCAUAAAGAAAUUAUAUCUGAACUGGAGAAGAAAACAGACUUGGAUGUAAAAUAUAUGAAUGCAACGUUAAAGAGGUACCAAACUGAACACAGAAGCAAAUUAGAUUCUUUAGAGAAGUCUCAGGCUGAGCUGAAAAAAAUCAGAAGGAAAAGCCAAGGAGCACGAAAUGUAAUGAAAUACGAGCAUAAAGAAAUGGAGUAUUUGGAAACCGUGAGCUCUCGACAGAGUGAUAUUCAGCGAUUCAUUGCAGAAGGCUGCAGAGAAGCUCUCCUUGAAGAAAAAAGAAGAUUCUGCUUUCUGGUUGACAAGCACUGCAGCUUUACCCAGCACAUCCACUUCUAUCACAUUCAGUGUGCGGACUUCCUAAAAUCCAAGCUGCCUGGCUGGCAGGAAAUCUGUAGCGAUGCCACCAAAGUGCCUGAAAAAGUCAAAAUGAUGAUAGAUGAAAUAAGGACACCUGGUUCCACUCCAGUAUCAGGAACUCCACAGCCUUCACCAAUGAUAGAGAGAAAUACCGUGAUUGGAAAUGAUUUUUAUCCUCAUCAUGAAAAUGCAUCAAAGGUGCCCCCUGCUCCUACAGGUAGGGCGUACACUAGUCCACUAGUUGAUAUGUUUAACAGUCCUGCAACGUUUCCAAAGACGUCUUCUGAAAAACUAAAUAAUUCAGCAGAGAAUUCAGGUGAUGCCAGUUUAUCGCGUUCAACUUCUGUUGCCACAGGACUAAAUAUAAUGAAAAAGCAAAAAGUAAAGACAAUCUUCCCACAUACUGCUGGAAGUAACAAGACGUUGCUCAGCUUUGCACAGGGGGAUAUCAUCACACUUCUUGUAGCUGAAGAAAAGGAUGGCUGGCUUUACGGGGAACAUGACACAACUAAAGUAAAAGGAUGGUUUCCAUCAUCGUAUACUAGACCGCUAGAAGAACCAGUGGAAGAAAAAGCAUUUGUCCCAGUGCCAAGCCCUGCACCAAUCCGAAGUAUUAGUUCUGUAAAUCUUGUGGAAAAAGGUGAUGUUGUCCUCCCACCACCAGACUAUCUGGGAUCUUUGCCAACAGAUAAGAGAAUGGAGUCUUCCAAAGGUACUACUGUUAAAACACCAACCGACAGACCAGAAAAUGCAGGUCCGAAACCUGAUAUGAAUGGCAUUAUAAAACCACCUUUUCUAAGUGGAGAAAAUCCUUUUGCAACUGUGAAACUCAGACCAACAGUAACAAAUGACAGAUCAGCACCAAUUAUUCGAUGA